CUCCAGCCCGUCCUUAUCUGCCCACUUGCUGCCGCCAUUCUUGUCUUCAUCCUAACCGCCACAUCUGAUAAUGAACGGCAACAUGAAUGGGAGCCAGCCACCUGCGGCGCCCGCAGCGCCCGUCGCCCCCAAUGGCCCGCAGCCACAGGCACCACCGCAGCAGAUGCCCGUCCGUCGCCGCCGCCCGCGCCCCCAGGCCGAUGUCCUGCGCAAACCCCGUCGCCCAUUGCAGAAUAUAACAAAGCCCAUGGUGUCUUUGUCGCAGAUGAACGAGGCAAAGAAGCCCCCGGCCGGGCCGGACCUCGAUGGUACGCGGUCCAAGGACGCGCUGCGACAGGAGUAUCUCGACCAGGGCGCCAGCGUCUUCCCGCUCAUCGUGAGCCGCAAGGACCUGAAAGAGCUGCGACACCACGUUAUGCGCCUGCAGAGCAAGAGUCAUGUCGAUAUCACGGAUGAGAAGCAGUUCACUCCGCCCAUCAAGCUCCACCGCAGAGAUCCUCGCGCGCCUCCCAGCGGCAUUGGAUCCCACUAUGAAGAAGAAGACACAAAGGAAGACCUGGAGGAAAUCAAGGAGCGUGAGCGCAUCGAGCAGCAAAAGGAAGAGCGCCGCAAGGUGCGCGAGGAGAACCAGGCCAAGAUAGCGCCUACUGGCUUGAAGAAGCCUCCUGCCUUCCAAAAGAAAACGGAGCAGAAGUACCGGCCCGACGAUACCCCCGAAGCAAAGAAGCGCCAGCUGCUGCGUUACGAAGAGACACUGCCUUGGCAUUUGGAAGACUACGAGAACAAGCAGACAUGGGUAGGCACCUACGAGUCGGAGCUCUCAGAGACGCACGUCAUGCUCUCAGCUACGCGACCUGGCGAUCCGAGCACUGCCAUACAAAUGGCACCCAUGGAGCGCUGGUACAGAUUCAAUGUCAAGGGCAAGAUCAAGGCAGGCAGCGACGAUGUGGACAAGAUUUUGGCCAAGGUCGAGAGCGGCGGACCCAGGUUCUUUGCCGAGCUUGAGAAGCGACAAGCGCAGCGCGUCAAGGAAGAGGAUGCAGCAAGGCAGUUCAGCGGAGUGCGCACGCGAGUGGGCGGUGGUGCAGACGACGAGGGCCGGAUCAAGCGAGAGCGUUUUGAUGACGAUACAAUUGGGUUCGUCAAGCGCGAAGCGGAUGCCGACGACAUCGAUUUCAACCUUGAGGAAGACUUUGCUGACGACGAAGAAGGCCUCAAUGGUCUUUUCGAGGGUGAGGAGCAAGACGUCAAGGAGGCGGCGGAGAAGCUGAAGCGCGACCAAUUGCAAGCUGCCCUUUGGGAUCGGCCCGACGAGCAACUGAUAGCGCAAAAGGAGGAAGAGGAGCGUAGGAUCGCAGAGGAAACGAGAGCUAUGGAGAAGAUCACGCGAAAGACGCUAGCCAAGCGCGAGAAGCAAUAUGACUAUCUCGAUAGCGACCCUGAGAAUCCCUACCUCACUGAGAGCGAAUCAGACACCGACUCGGAGACGGAGCGACAGCAAGCAAAAGAAGAGGCAGAGAAGAAAGCCGCCGAGCAGAAUGGCAAAGCCCCGGAAGCUGGCAAUGCCCCGUCUGGUGCAUCCACAAAGGGCUCCAACACCCCUUCGGGCAACAAGCCCGGAGAAUCCAAGGCCAAGAAGCGGCCUGGCUCACCCAACCUUUCAGAAGCUAGUGGUAACGAAUCGUCGCGUAAGAAGCACAAGAAGAAGCACCACGAUAAGAUGGCCGACGGAUCUCGGAAAUCCACUCUUGGAAAUCUCAAGGGCGCAGGUUCUGGUAGUGACAGCGAGAUGACUGACGCCGGCAAGAAGCGCAAGAAGGAAAAGAAAGAGAAGAACCGCAUCUUGCUUGGUGGAUCGCCUGCUGGCACACCCGGCGCUAGUCGCGCUGGGAGUCCUGCUGCAAACGGCAGCCGUGCUGGCAGCCCGUCCGCAGGCCCGUCCAGGCCUCCGCUACCCUCUGCAAGAGAGAUUUACGAAUCUCUGCCACCUCAAGGCAUGAAUAUCCAGAACCUCAUUGUGAAGUUCAAGGGUCGUGUUGACAAGUCCAAUACACAACUGUUUAUCAAGCUUGUCAAGGCUGUCUCGAGCUUUGACAAAGCAAAGAGUUGGCUCACGCCGCUGGAAAAGAUGCCCACUGAAGAACAUAUUAGCGCGUUUAUGAACGCGGGGAAUGCGCCAAAGCCCACGUAGGGAAGCUUGCACUAUGGUCAUGAUGCACAAGGGAAAUUUUUAAGUUUGUAAGAUAAUUAGAAUGCGCACUAGACGAAGGAAUUGGCGAGCUCGCAGACUGGAGUACUUGGAAAGAGCACAUAUG